GAGAGUGAAAAGGACGUAGCUGAAUUCUUGAUGCAUCGAAAAGGACGGAGAAUUUAGAAUAGAGAACGAAUAUUACAUCAGAGAGAGAGAGAGAAUAAAACAGACGAAUAAAAGCUGGAAGAGAUGCCUAAUAUUAAACUACAGAGUUCUGAUGGGGAAGUUUUUGAAGUGGAUGUUGAUAUUGCAAAAUGUUCAGUUACUAUAAAAACUAUGUUGGAAGAUCUUGGAAUGGAUGAAGAUGAAGAGGAAGUUGUUCCUCUGCCAAAUGUUAAUUCUGCCAUUCUCAGGAAAGUAAUACAAUGGGCUACUUAUCACAAAGAUGAUCCACCACCUCCUGAAGAUGACGAGAAUAAGGAAAAACGUACAGAUGAUAUCAGUUCCUGGGAUGCAGACUUUCUAAAGGUUGACCAAGGAACUCUCUUUGAAUUAAUUUUGGCAGCUAAUUAUCUUGAUAUUAAAGGACUGUUGGAUGUGACAUGCAAAACUGUUGCUAAUAUGAUAAAAGGCAAAACACCAGAAGAAAUUCGAAAAACUUUCAACAUUAAAAAUGAUUUUGCUGCAUCAGAGGAAGAACAAGUUCGCAAAGAAAAUGAGUGGUGUGAAGAAAAAUAGAUCAACUUGUUUAUAAAUAUAUCUUUUGGUUUUUUAAAAUAUCAAUUUCAAUAUUUAAAAAUUCAGUGGUUGAUGCUUUAAUCACAUUAUUUUUAAAAAUGUCUCGAAUCGUAGUCACAUCAUUUUACAAUCAAUACAUGGAUGUAUAACAUAAAUAGAUGACCUUAAUGUGUCUGUGGUUUAUUUAUCUUAAAUCUUUUGUAUACCAUUAAUUAAUACUAUUUAUCACAUGUAAUGGAAAUUACACAGACAAAUUUA